UGGUACUGUUCAUAUUCUCCAUACAUAUUCUUACCACACAUAUGCAUACCUUUUUAUACACAUACAUGCAUACGUUUAUAUAUACGUGUCUCUCUGCUCUUGAAUUGGACAAGGAAUACGUGGCUGUCUAUUCAACUUGGUGAGCUAUAAGGCAUUUUAUUGGAGUAUCAUUUAUCAAUCAGGAAAAGCUGAGCUUGGAAAGCUUGUGAUAUGGUACCUGCUCAACCAUUAAUGGAGGAUAUUGACCCAGACCGUAAGCCACAUCUUGGCUCUGAAAUUGUGCCUGAUAAAGACAGUAAUAGGAGUUUUGUGCCAAAAUCAGAUACAAAGGGUUUAAGUUGCAUUAGUAAACGUGAGGAUGCUACAAUUAAGAUGGAAGUUCUGAUGAAUGAGGAAAAUAAGUCCCUAAGUUUCCUGGAGGAUGUGGACGUUGAUAUAAUAGAACGUAGAAACAAUUCUGGCAUCAGAUUGGCUGAAGCUGAGGAUCCUGAUGCAACUGAAAAUUCCAGCUCAUUUGGCAACACUGUUUCUGAUACAGAGAAUUGUUCUGGAUUUAGUGAAGGAGAAGUAGAAUCACACUUCUUUGGGGAUAAUAAUGUAUUUGAUGCAUUUAGUAAUGUGUUUCAGAUGAGGAAGAAGAAAUUAACAAAUCAUUGGAGGAACUUUAUACGUCCUGUAAUGUGGCGCUGCAAAUGGAUGGAAUUGAGAAUUAAGGAACUUGAGUCGCAAGCAUUAAGAUAUUCUAGAGAGCUUGCAGAAUCUGACCAGGGAAAGCAUUCAGGAAUUGAUCAGUUUACUGUACAAGAAUUUGGUUCCAAAUCAUUGCCAUUUGCCAGUCAAUAUAAAAGAAAAAGGGCUAUGAAGAGGAUGAAGCGGAAGAGAGUUGAAGAGACAACUGAUAUAACAUCAUACAUGUCACAUCAUAACUUUUUCUCCUACCUUGAAAAUAAGAGGACUGAUCCAGAAACUGCUUCUGUCGCCGAUGAUUUUGGUAACACAGUAACAACGGACCAAAAUGCUGAGUGUAAUGAAAAAGUUGGCAGCGGUGAUGACUGGACAACUCUCGAGUUCAGAGAUGGUGAUAAUUCCCUGGAGCAGGUCCUUUGGAAGAUCGAGACAGUACAUACUUGGGUUCACAAACUCAAGAGUCAAAUUGACAUGGUGAUGUCAAAAAAUGCUGCUAAGUUCUCUUCCUCAGAAAACUUGAGCCUUCUUGCACCUUUUGAUGUGCAGACCAGCUCUGCCCAUAGUCCAGCAUUCUCUGCUGGAAAUGGGGACGCAAUAUCUGCGGGGGCUAUAUAUGCUCCAACUGGAGGCAUACCAGAAUAUGAUCUUGGUGAUCUGGUUAUGCCUGAAAGCGUAGUUUCCAGUUUUGGGGAGGCUAUCUCUGUUCCUGAUAUUAUUGAAAGCACUGUAGGACUGUUGUCUGCUGCUGAUGUCACCCUUCACCAGCCACAAUUUGGUGAUUCAAGUGAAGAUAUUGUGGACAAUAUCCUGUUGCAUGAUGAGGCAGCUGAAACAGAGAAACCCGCUUUCCAAAGCACAAGUAAGCAACCUCCUGAAGAGAAGCAUAAGGAACCAGAGACUUGUGAUCUAGAGGGUACCAAUCCUUGUCCAAUUCCAUCAUCAGAACCUGAUACUACGGUGAAAACUGUUGUUUCCCAAGAGCAAUCAGCUCUGCAAUCAUGUCUAGCAUCUGAUGUACAUUUCCCUAGGAACAAGAGAAAACGAGGGGAACGCAAAGCUGGUUCAGUUGUAUGGAGCAAGAGAUGCUCUGGUGAACCAGAUAGCCAAUGAGUUCAAAAAGUUCCUCAACGUGUAGUCUUGUACUGUCUUGGGAAAUCCAAGGAAACAUAAUUUUUAUUCUUUUUCUUCACCAAGUUAGACCAAAAUGGCUGUUUGCCGUAGCAUGCUUGUGUAUAUAUGUAGCAGUAUUGACAUUGAAAUGGGGUCCAAAUUUGGCAAACUAUAAGUUUAUGCGGUGGUUUCCACUUGUGCCACAUACUGACCGUGACCGUAGCAAAUCUUAGAUGUAAAGUUAUGCAGUGUCUAAUCUAGUGUCAGUAUCAAAGCCUCAUGGUCAUGAAUUUGUAGUGUAGCAUCUGACAAACAACUGAUACGUAGAGUUGACUUUCCAGAGUCGUUGAUUGGUUACAGUUGUAUAAUGGUGGCUGUCUGAAAAAUCAGUCAUAUUGCUGUGUUAGUGAAAGAGUGUUUGUUAUUUGACCAGCUCCAA